GACCAUAUGUUUGACGUCCAAUAGCCGAUGAUAAGAUAAAAAAUCAAUGUGCUCUAGUGGCGUCGUUAAAUAAAACAAACUUUACUUUUACUCGCCUUUCGGUAAAUCGGAGGCAUUUUUUAUUGGUUAUGUAUACCGAAAUUUUAACAGAUGAUUUGUGAAACUUCUAGGAAUCCUAUGGAAAUAAAUCGAAGACGAGGCAACUGCUGAAAAUGUAAACUACGUCAUCAGUAUAAGUGUAGAUUUUCAACCUUGCGCCCAAAAAACACACUUGAAAGUACAGCAUUUCCACUGCCCGCUGCACUGCGAUUAACCCAGAAACCAGAAACAUGGGAGAGCUUGGCACUGAAAAGCAUCAGGUCUUGAGCCAUGUGUUUCAUCAGUAUGACAGAAAAGGAAUUGGGGAACUUUCUCCAAUUCAAGUACAGAUAUUACACGCUGAUAUAAGAAUGGGAGGAAUCAGCCUUCCGCAGGUUUUUGCGUCCAUCAACUACACAUGCAAUUCAGGGUCAUCCUGUGUUGAAAGUGAAUUGUGUGAUUUGCUUCAGGAAAUGGAUAGACGUUAUUUUCUUCUACAGAACCUAUGCUGGGAGUUCUCCAUGUUGGACAGAGAACAGAAAGACACCAUUACAGAGGAACAGGCCAGAUGGCUGGCGCAAGCUGUACAUGGGAAAUACUUCUCCAAGAGAAAGUGGGAGGAGUUUCUGCGCAGUCGACCAGUUCCUGGUGGCCGGGUGUCAUUCCAGGAGAUAGAAGUGAUGCUCUGUAAUAUUCCAGACAGAAUGACAAUUCAGCAGGAAAGACAGGAUGAGGAGAGAGAGAAGGAUGAAAGACUUCGAAGACAGAGAGAGUUGGAGGAAGCAGCUGAGAAAGAGAGAGAAAGACUAAAACGAGAGCGUGAAGAAGAUAAAAUGCGGAGAGAACAGGAAAAGAAGAAAAGUGAUGAUGACAGAAAAAGAAAGGAGUUGGAAGAGGAAGAGAGGAAGAGGCGAGAGGAAGAAGAAAGACGCAGACGGGAAGAGGAAGAGGAAAAAGAACGACUGAGAAAACUACAGGAGGAAGAAGAAAGAAAAAGAAAAGAAGAUGAAGAAAAAUAUAAAGAUGUAGAGAACAUCAAGGAGGAAGCUGAAAGGAAAGAGAAAGAGGCGCGGGAUCACUUAGAUCGACUGAAGAAAAGCAAGGAAGUUGAGAAAGACAGAUACAGGAAACAAGAAAUUGAAAUGGAGGAAUCGAAAGUUAAAAAGAUAUUAACAGAGUACAGAAACCAGCGAAUCCGCUACCAGCUGAAGGUAGCUAUCAAGUCACGUGACCGCUACCAGCUGGAGUACUCCAUCACCGAGUUCAAGAAGGCUGAUAUCCGAGAUGAGGACAUGGACUUGGAGAAGGCUGAACGACUCCUCAAAGAGUUCUCUGCCCGUGAUGAUCUGCACAAGGCAAUGACUAAGAGAGAGAUACAGGAUCUGGAAAAGGCGCUGUCGUUCGUCAAGAAGCAUGGCUUUGAGGCACAGCUGGCGAGUGAAGUGAUGGAGGCGAACCAGAUGCUGGUGCGACUGAAACGACUCGAGCGUAUCCGCCACGAGAUCCUGGAGCUGAAGCAGUCGACCGUGGCCGAGAUUCGCAGCUACCAGAAUCCACCAGUUAUUGUCCAUACUGUCAUGACAGUCACCUUUCUCUUGUUGGGACAUAAAGAGAAAGAAACUAAGGAUUGGAAAGCUGUCCAGGCUCUUGUUGGUAAGACUGGUAAAGAGAGUUUGAAGCGAUGCUGCAUCCAGUGUGAAGCUGACAAGAUUCCAUUAGCCGCAGCGAAGCGAGCCAAGACGCUGCUGGCAAAGUAUGACCUGGACGAGGUGCGGGAUGUGUCGGCCGGAGCAGCCACCUUUUAUGUUUGGGCAACAACCAUGAUCGAAGAAGCCAUUGACCUUCAGACUAAAUAACUGCAAGUGGUUUGGUUCAUAUGAUGAAUGUCUUCAGAAAAAAAAAAAAAAAAUACAUUUCAUAUAUUACCACCAAAAUCUAUACAGACAUGAAAUUGUUUUGCUGAUUUACAAAAUUUUUAGCAUUUUAUUUUACUGUAACUUCAAUAAGAAAUAGUUUUUCUGUACAUCAUACUCAUUCCAGAACCAUUGUUAAAGCAUUAGAAAGCUUUAAGAAAGCUAGAUCCAGUACUUUUUGAGACUUUAAUGAAUCACAGUUACAGUGCAGUAUGCAGUUUGUGUGGCUGACUGAUGACUAAAUAUUAUAGCUAUCAGUGAUGGCGAUAUAGUUUUUUUUUAAUCAGUUGUCACUCUUGUCAGUUUAUAUAUUAUACGGUGAAACCCGUCUAAACCAGACAAUCAUGGGACCAAGUAAAAUGUCAGGUUUUAAGGAAUAUCCUGUUUAGAUAGGUUCCGUACUAAUAUUUAACAAGGGACCAUGAAAAAUGUCCGGUAUUGCUUUGGGUUUUUUUUAUCAACUAUUACUCUUGUCAGUUUAUAUAUUAUACAGUGAAACACCUCUAAACCAGACACACAUGGGACCAAGUAAAAAGUAAGGUUUUAAGGACUAUCCCGUUUAGAUUUUGUUCCAUACUGAUAUUUUAACAUGGGACCAUGAAAAAUGUCCGGUAUUGAAAGAAUUCAGGUUUACAGAGGAUCUGGUUUUGAGGGGGUUUUCUCUACUUGUAUAUAAUUAUUUGUACCUGUGUUAUUAAUGACAGAUCAUUCUUCUUUAGAAAUAUAAUGCAGUGAAACCCCUAAACCGGACACCCUUGGAACAAGUAAAAUGUCCGGUUUCAAGAGGUAUCCUGUUUUGAGAGGUUAGGUUCUGUACUGAUUUUUAUAAGGGACUCUGUAAAACGUCCAGUUUGAGGGAAUUCCAGUUUUGAGACGUUUCACUGUACUUUGUUAGUCUGAGCUCUAUGGUAAAUGUAAAUAGAUGACUUAUAGACAUUUGUUACUACAUAUUUGCUCCAUUUGGUGAUGUUUUUAUUUGUCAUGGAGACGUGUUAAUAUCUGUGAUAUGUUUGAUGCUUUAAUUUAUCAGACAAAUAUUUGGGUUAUUUCGUAUUAACAGGUAGGCUAAUGUUUAAAAAACAAACGAACAAAAAUCAUGUUUAUUAUGUAAUUUAUGUUGUGAUUAACAGUUACUGGUGACGUGUAUUGUUUAAUUUUAACAGUUUGUGUGGAGUACACAAGGUUAUUGAUUAGGUAAAUUGAUAAUACCCAUUUGAGUUAUUUUGUAUUAACAGGUAAUGUUUCAAAAGCAAACAAACAAAAAUCAUGUUUAUUAUGUAAUUUAUAUUGUGAUUAACAGUUACUGGUGACAUAUGUAUUGUUUAAUUUUAAAGGUUCAUGUGGAGUGCACAAGGUUGUUGUUUAGGUAAAUUGAUAAUACGUACCACAACAACUGCUGCAGUUCAGUAUCUUAAUAUAUUCGUGGGUUUGGUUGCUGUUGAUCAGCAUUUAUAUUUUUAUAAUAUCAACAAGAUGUCCGUCCAUUGCUUUUAUUUAUAUAACUACAUUUAAUAUUUUUAUUAAUAUAUUUUUAUAAUUCUAAUAUGAUACUGGGGCAUGUUCUUGUGUUACAUUGUUUUGUUUAAAUCUUUUUUACUAUUCAAUAAAUAACAUAAGAAAAUAA